AUGGACGAUGGUCGGAGGCUAGCCCCGCCGGGGAGCAUUCCUCCGCCGGAUGAGCGCGUUAUCCCCGCGUCACGGCGACCGGACGGAACGCUCCGGAAAGAGAUUCGUGUGCGCGCGGGAUACGUGGCGCAGGAGGAUGUGGCGACCUACCCCAAGGGUAGCGGCCCGGAGCUUCCUCCCGGUAUGGACCCUGAACUGGCUGCGGAGAUGCAAAAGAAGAAAGCAGCUGCAGCAAAGAAAAAGAAAAAGGCUCAGGGAGCUGGAGGAGGUGUCAGUUCGGCUGCUGGUGCCUCCAAUAGGCGAAGUUCACUUGUGCUCUCACUCGAGCAGUCGAAGGGCGCGCUAAGCCUGGCGUUCCUUGCUUAA